UUGAAUAUUGUCUCAUAUUCACACUAUCUAUAUACAACAAUGGCCACUGGUUUCCUAGUAACAUUAUCCAUUGUUGCUUUUACUUCUUCACUUGCUUAUGCUUAUGAUCCUAGCCCUCUCCAAGACUUCUGUGUUGCAGUAAAUGAUCCCAAGCAUGCUGUUUUCAUGAACGGAAGGGUGUGCAAGGAUCCGAAACUUGCGACGGCGGAUGAUUUCUUCACUUCUGGUCUGGACGCUAUUGGGACGGCGGCGUUUCCCGAGCUGAGCAUGUCGGUGAACGUGGCGGACGUGAACCGCAUACCCGGGAUGAACACCCUGGGACUCACGGUGGUUCGGACGGAGCUUGGACCGGGCGGGCUGAUUCCACCUCACACGCAUCCUCGUUCUUGCGAGUUCAUCCUGGUGGUGCGUGGCACCGUGUAUUCAGGAUUUGUGGCUGUUGAUCCGAGGAAUCUGGGGAAGACUCGGCUGUUUGAGAAGACGCUGAAGGCCGGAGAUGUUUUUGUGAUCCCGCAGGGGCUUAUCCACUUUACGCACAACGUUGGAGCCGGCAACGCCACGCUGUUUACGGCUUUCAAUAGCCAGAAUGCGGGGUUUAUCACCCUCGCAAAUGAGUUGUUUGGGUCGGAUCCGGCCGUAUCCGAGGAUGUUUUGUCUAAAGCUUUCAGAAUUGAUAAGGAAUCUGUACAACAUAUCCAAGCAAAAUUUUCUUCAGUUGGUUAAACCCUGUUUUUUUCAUUUGUCAUGAAUGAAUAAUGGAAUACUAAUAUGAUAAGAGUGUUUUGCGGUUA